AUCGCUACUCUGUACUCUCCGCCCUGGCUAUCUUCAGCGCUCCGUAUGGCGUCCGCGGCGACGCCCCUUGCUGAAAGAGCGGAGGUUCACAAGUCUUGCAAGACACUCGAGUCUGUUGUGAACAUUUUGAACGACUACUGCGAAGCUGCCAAUGCUAUCGUCCAACUCCAGAAGAAGCUGGCAAAGGCGCUGAGGGAAGCGGCAUCCCCGAAAUGCGUUUCAGAGAUACCUGCGAACGCUCUCAAUGCGAGCGCGACGAUCUUCGAAGCCAUGGCGGAGGUGGAUGCGAAGUUCGCGAAAUACGCGGACAAGGAGUGCGAUACUGUGAGCGGGGAGGUCAAGAAAUGGUUUAAGAAGCUUGCGAAAGAGGAGAGGCUGCAUGACGAGAAGAUCGCGUCCGCGAACCAGAGGAUCAAACAAGCUGGGCAAGUGUACGAGCGUAAAGCGAAGAAGAACCCUAGGGACGCAGCCGAGGAGCAUACCCGAUACAUCAAUCUCCUCAGCACACUCGGUCCUGAAGUAAACCGAGAGAAAUAUAACCAUGCCCUUUUGGUCACUCAGAAGCACAGCGCUACCAUGUACAACCUCGCCUCCGGUUUCUCGCGCGUCGCGGAUGCGGAAUGGGGCCGCAGUUGCGAGAGCGUACGAAGGUUCUCGCCUACCGUCGGCCCUCUCGGACAGUGGAAGGCCCUCUGCGAGGGUGGCUGGUCUGGCGCUAUGCCCCCUGAUUUGCCAGACAUCAAUGGUGCAAGAGAGGAGUCCGAAGUUCCUUCGAGUCCUUCGGGGACGAACGACCACGAGUCAGGGCAGUUCGAGGAACCUGCCCGAGAUCUAGCCCCACCCUCUUUGGAUAAGCCCGCGCCACAAUACUCGUCGCGAAACGCUUCGGAGCAAGAGUCGACAUCUCGCGCAGUCACUCCCGGCCAGUCGCCAGUUCCUCCGCCACAGUACUUCCCCCCGACUCCUGCUGGAGACCAGGCGUCCGCGGAUGAUCGUUCCUUUCAGGGUUCCACUAAAGAAACGGAAGAUCGGACAUCUGUAGCAGACACCGAGGAGCGGAAAGGCCACUCCACUACCCUGGCAUCGCUUGCUGCGUUCCCCUCUCCUCCAACGCAUUUCCCCCUUCCGCCUCUCGGUGGCAGCAAGUUCACACCCGUUCAGGAAACGCACUCUGAACUCUCCCAGGGCUCCCAAGGUAGCUCAGGACUCGCACCAUUCCCACGCCUGACGGAGUCUCCGACCCCAGAGAGUGUCAGUACCCCAGCCCUCACAGACGACAGUCGCUCUCCUCCCACGCCCCGGACCGAACUCUUCACUCCCCCUCCCUUCGCGACCAGCCAACCCUCCGCGGGUGCCCCUUCGCAUGACAAGAAUAGUCGAGAUUUCCCAGCUCACAAUUCGUCGCAGAGUCAGGCUCCCUACGCUCAGGCGACCCCUACGUCUUCGCAGUCUUCCUCCGUGCCGCAUCACCAGGAGCCCCCACAGGCUGAGAGGGGACUUCCAGCGUUAUCAGAAUCUCCGACUAACCAAACUUCCCCUACGUCGGGAGCGUAUAGGCGCGGGGACUACGCAGACGAUGCUGAGUUUGGUGUGCGCCGAAGCGCGGAUGUCUCGAGGCCCCGAGCCGCGGAGCCUUCGCUCACUAGAGUCGUGGAACGAAGCGACACUGGGAAGAGCCAAGGAAGUGUAGUUGCUGCUUUGCGCGACCGCUAUGCCCGCACUGGUGGACCUUCCUCUCCGCCACCGAGGGAACUCCCCCGACUCCCAACUAGUGUAUCGAGCUUGGCUCACCGGUACGAACCCACAGCAGGAGCACCUAGCCUCACACGACAAGCGACAGGCUCUCCUACUCAGGAACGCACAAGAACGUCUGUCGAUAACUAUUCUCGCAUGCCCGAACCGACAUCGGGUACUCGUGACUCAACACGCUAUCAGUCUGUCCCUCCUACCCCGACCUCGGAUGAGAUCGCCAUGCGAAGACAGCGCAUCGAGGAGUUGGAAGAGCUCGAGCUCCGCGAGCGUGACCUCGAACUACGGAUGAAGGAGCGCGAGAUCGAUCAACGCGCACGCGAACUCGAGAGGGAGCGCCAGCAGCUUCUCAAUGUUCGGGGUACCAGGAACGAUGGGUACGUGAGCGACGGCUCCCGAGCUACGUCUGGUCCUCGGAUAUCCACCACACAACGGCCCUCCAUCGAUACACGAUACUCGUCUUCGUACUCGCAGAGUAGCACCAACCUCGUCCCACCGUCUCAAGGGAUGUCGUCGAGACAACCUUCAAGUCAGCCCUCCUCCCCCAACCUACAACCUCCUUCCGAUCAUGCACCCUACUGCGGAUGCGAGUCCUGUUCGGCGUCGAAGUACAAGACUCGUGAUCAUCUCCCGCGUCGGGACUCACGGCCCACCGAACCGCCGCUUGCGCUCCGCCCGGAGAAGCCGAGGGGCGGUUGGAUCAGGCGCCUCAGUAUGCCCGUCGUCAGCAAUGCGUUCUCGCUCGACUCAAAGAAGAACGCCAGUAAUGUCGGGAUUGCGGGUGGUCCGGGAUACCGGAAUAGUCUUGCGUUUGACGAGGAAGGCCGUUUGCAGACGGACGUGACCGGUGGGAUCAGGAACCGGAGUUCCACGAAUGUGGCGAGGCGAUGAGGACUGCUCACGAACAGUACGUUAUUUUUUUUGGUCUCUGUGACGGAUAUACCUUGCGCUGCUGCCUGCUCCGUGUUAACUCGUAGCUAUGAUACCUCUGCUUGUCUUUUCUUCGCCGCCAGCCUUUGUAUUUGAUGGUUCGGUGCACCUUAUACCUGCUCCUGUACACGCCAUUUUUAUGACUUCUUAUGACCUUACGAUGAAUCGCCC